AUGACAAACGUGAGCCUCGUCACAACGUUCUUCCUCAUGGGGCUUCCCCGUGCACCUGCGCUGGACAUCCCCCUCUGGGGACUGUUCUUGGUGAUUUAUGUACUCACCGUGCUGGGGAACUUCCUCAUCCUGCUGGUGAUCGCGGUGGAUUCCCACCUCCACACCCCCAUGUACUACUUCCUGACCAACCUGUCCUUCAUUGACAUGUGGUUCUCCACGGUCACCGUGCCCAAAAUGCUGAUGACCUUGGCGUCCCCAGGAGGCAGGGCGAUCUCCUUUCACAGCUGUGUGGCCCAGCUCUACUCCUUCCACUUCCUGGGGAGCACCGAGUGUUUCCUCUACACAGUCAUGUCCUAUGACCGCUACCUGGCCAUCAGUCACCCGCUCAGGUACCCCAGCAUGAUGAGUGGGAGGACGUGUGCCCUCCUGGCCACCAGCACGUGGCUCAGUGGCUCUCUGCACUCUGCUGUCCAGACCACACUGACAUUCCGUUUGCCCUACUGUGGGCCCAACCAGAUCCAGCAUUACUUCUGUGAUGCCCCUCCCAUCCUCAAGCUGGCCUGCACGGACACCUCCGUGAACGAGAUGGUGAUCUUUGUCAACAUCGGGGUCGUGGCCUCGGGCUGCUUUCUCCUGAUAGUGCUGUCCUAUGUGUCCAUCAUCUGGUCCAUCCUGAAGAUCCGCACCUCAGAGGGGAGACACAGAGCCUUUCAGACCUGCGCCUCCCACUGCAUUGUGGUCCUUUGUUUCUUUGUUCCCUGUGUUUUCAUUUACCUGAGGCCAGGCUCCCGGGAUGCUGUGGAUGGGGUUGUGGCAGUUUUCUACACGGUGCUGACACCCCUUCUAAACCCGGUGGUGUACACCCUGAGGAACAAGGAAGUGAAGAGAGCUCUGCUCAAGGUGAGAAGUCAGUCAGUAUUCACUCAACGUAAAUAA